AUGUGGAGAAAGCUAAAAUCAUCACUUUCCCCAGCCAAAGGUUCUGACUUAGACAAAAUUGUGAAGUUUUGGAAAUCAUUUCAAAAAUAUCACACAACUUUAUGCGAGCAAGGCCCAGGAUCCUCAAAAGUGGCAAAAGCCCUUGGUUCAUCUGAAAUCCAAGGGCUUGAAAAAAUCGUACAAAUUCUGAUUCAAGAAGAUAUGACUGAUGAUUUUAGCCAGAGAUCGAUGGGCGUAUGUAUGGAAUCUUGUUUAGAUUGCAGUCUCUUUGAAGAGCUCGUAGCAGCUGCCCAGACUGAUUUUCCUCCUGGCCUGAUGAAUUUUGUUUUGAAUCUUAUAGUUCAGCUUCUCACUGGCAUUCAGAAUCAAAUCAUUUUGGCACAGUCGUCCUUUCACUUAUCAUUGACAGCACUUUUUCAUGUCAUUAGCGGAAGACUCUUAAGUGGGCACGAGUUCAGCCAUUCUAAGCCUCUGGUAUUAAAGCUUAUUAACGAACUUCUAAAGCAAGGAUACCAAGACCCAGUGAUUCUUGAACUUUUUAACUGCAAAAGUGGUGACAAAGAAGAAUUUUUACCUUUAAGUGUGUUGAUGAUAUAUUUUCAAGACGAAUACGCUCAAGAAAUUCCAGAACUAAGAGAGUCUUUUAUUAUUGCCAGCCAAAUUGAGAAUCGGCCUCUAUUUGAAAUGGCAAUAAAAAGUUCUGAGCUCUCAUUAAUGCUGAUAACAAAGCUAGUGUUUUAUUUUCAGACUCUCCCAGUCAUUGUUGACACAGAAGAAAAGUUUCAGAUUCUGGAAAAUCAAAUAAAAGAAUUAAUCAGUUACACACAAUUUUUGAAUGACAUAUAUGCAGAGACAAUUCACGAUUUUUUUAAGGAUGAUAUUGUUCAUAAUUUUUAUGAAGAGUUUUGCGUUUCGGUGCUCACUCCACGACUUCAAAGCAUGGAUGUAAAUAUUAGGUGCUCAGCAACUUUUGCGUUGUGCAUAAUAAUGCAGGAAAUCAGUAACAUGGACCUUGUGCUGCCGCUGGUUUAUUUUUUGCAAGGGAAAGGGAAAAAUGGAGACAAGCGAGUGGCUUCUUUGGUUUCUACGCCGACAUAUUCAGUUGAGCAUAAAAUUAUCUUCCCAGGAGAACAGAAGGCAAAUAAAGUGGAAAAUGUUUCUCAUCCUCCACAAGUGAAUAUAAGAAAUCAAGGAUGCAAACCGCUUGCUGAUAUUAAAAAAAUGUGACAGACGAUUCUGCAAAAUCUUCUUUGUGAUAAUUAUCUUUUAUCUUUCAACACACUUAGGCUUAUAUAUAUUUUACUUGCAAAGAAUAACUGAAAAAUCGUGAAAUUAAUGAUCACUGACAAUUUCUCGGGUACUCCUCCUAAUGAUGAAUUCAAAAUUGACUGCGAAACCUUUAUGUCUAUGUUCCCAAGCAGCGUUUUUAGCUUCAACGCUAACACAUUUUCUGACUUCAUUACAUCUGCAUAUUCAAGCACAUUUGAAGGGUCCUCAAUCAUCUAUAAAAAUAUUGCGAAUGAAGACUCAGAAUUUACAGGUGCAUCAGCUUCAAAACUUAAUGAAAAUUUUUCUAAGUCCCCAAUUGCCAAAUCUGCAGGAACUGGAGGGACUCCUAGAAAAAGGCUGCAGCUAUUCAUAGAAACUGAAGAAGACGAGCCCUUUAACCCAGGCGAAAUUCUGGAUUACGUUGUGUCAAAAUUCAACAACUUCUUGGGAAAUUCAUUCCAAGAAAACCUUAUGCUCACAGGCAUUAUUUCUGCUUUGGCUGUUUACCCAAAAGUCAAUGAAGCCACAAGAGCUCUUAAUAACUUCUUAAUUGAGCCACAAGAUAAGAAAUCAAAUGUGAUGUUUAUUCAUGUUUUGAAAAACAUUGCCUCUGAUAUCGAUUCCAAGUUUCUAGAAGACACGUCGCUGAACUCAAAGCUACUAAUAGUCAAAGAAAUGCUUGAAAUGCCUUUAAAGCUUGGGUUCUAUGAUAGCAUCAUUGUUAGCAGAAAACUAACAAGAAGAAAAACCAAUGAGAAUUGCGUCAAUGAAAGCGAAAAGCAGUUCUUAGAAGCAGUGGUAGUGUUCCAAGAGUUUUUGAAAGAAAUGUGCUCUUUGCUUCUUUUUAAAGAGCUGAUGCACGAUAUGACUGCAUCUUCAAAAGAAUUAAGGAAAGUGUCAGAGUUUGAUUAG